AUUUCCUGCAGCGUGCUUCUUCUACUCAGGGUCUGCAAAAAUAGACAGAGGGGAGUCGUGAGGUCAUACAACCCUUUAGGGCCCAAGAAAUGUUGGCCGGAGCCACGUGUCAGCUCUAGACCUAUCAGUAACAACAUACUACUCAGAAAGAUCUCAUCAUCUCCCAGGAUCUUGCAUCGUCAGAGUUGGAAAUGCGAUAAGAGUUGUGGAUGCACUUCAGUCAUGGAUCGCACUACCUUCCGGGUCCAAGGGGAACACGGAACGCCCUUCUCAGACAACAUGACCCGCCCGAAACCCGUUAUACAGCCGUUUGUCGGACGAAUUGGUGGCAAUCAAGGGCUGGUGCUCGACCGCACUGAUCCCGAUAAUGCAGACCUCCUAAAGAAAGUGCCCGAUGCGGCACCGUUGAUGACGUUCCGGGAAGGGUUUGACCUGCGCGGAUUUUGGGACAUUGAUCUUUGGAAGUUCGGCUUCAUCGAAUGCAUGGGGACCAUGAUGAUGGUUUUUGUAACCUCUUGGAUAUCAGUGCGACCACCUUCAUCUUCAGCCGAUGCCGGCGCGUCUGCUCCAUCCGGUGUGUUUUCCACCUCGACGUUUUUGGGUCCACUGUUCGGCGGUAUCAGCAACUGGCUGUUCUUAACCCUCUUCAUCUUCUCUUUCUCGAAUGUCAGCGGCAGUCAUCUCAACCCAACUAUCAGUCUAGCGACUUUCUUCGCUCGUCUGAUCUCGUUACCCCGGAUGGUUAUUUAUGUACUAGGUCAAACUCUUGGUGGCGCUUUGGCUGGCUUUAUGCUUCGAAGCGCGUAUGGGUCCAAGGAUUUCACCGUGGGUGGUUGCUCGGUGGAUACCCGUAUUGUGCCUGUAGACGAGGGGUUUCUACUCGAGUUCAUCUUCUCCUUGGUCCUGAUAUUCCUUUCCUUCGGGGUUGGUCUUGACCCGCGGCAGGGCUCCAUCUAUGGAGCAGCCCUGUCUCCCUUUCUGGUCGGGAUGACACUGGGCGUUCUCAGCUGGGGUUCUUCUUUUACUCGAAGUGGUUAUGCGGGAGCUUCACUAAAUCCGGCCCGUUGCUUUGGUGUGUAUGUUGCUACCACCUUCCCUGGAUAUCACUGGAUACACUGGGUAAGUGAAAAUGAACAGUAAAAUAAAUAUCUAUGCACGUUGAGUCUCUUGAAACUAACAUAGCUUCCACUAAAGGUUGGCCCUCUUACUGCUUCCGUAGGCCAUGGUAUAGUUUACUUUGUGGCGCCUCCGUGGGGACGCUAAAGGUCCAAUGUGCCGCAAGGUGCGCCAUAGCAUUCACUUGCAGCUUGCUUAAGCGUGAGAAUCGUUAGCCAUUGAGUGACUGGAAUAGCUCUUUACACCAAUUCAGUCGUGAGUAGACAUCUAGGCUUUAUUUCCUGUCUUUCUUCUUGCCCGCUAUUUGUAGUAUACUCCGUAGCGGAAGUUCCCAAAUCGCACUUCGUCUGGAGAUGGAAUAUGGAAGACCACCCUGAUUUUAUAUUUCUCGAAAAAAAGCACAGACUGCAAAUUACAAGAGCGUCCUAAUGAUCCAAUGAUAGCCUAGUGUCUCUAUGGACCCACAUGACCUAGUGUUUCAGUAUGCCUUCUUUUCGCAGAACUUCGUCAAACAACGACAAUAACCC